CGAGUUCGUCUGGUGUGCGGACGUGUGCUUUCGCCACUCCUACACUAAAAAAUAUAUUACAAUCACAUUGAAAGACCGAUCGCAGAGUCCUCAGUACUCGGACUACCCAACCGACUGUGGAAAAGUGAAAAAAGUGCGAGUUUUUGGGAAGCUGAAGUAAAACAGUUGAUGCAAGAUGCCGCCCAACGCCCAAGCCGGUGCCCAGUCCAUCUCGGACUCGCUGAUCGCAGCAGCUAGUGCCGCCGCCGACGCGGGUCAGAGCCCCACCAAGCUGCAGGAGGACUCCACCGGAGUGCUCUUCGAGUGCGAUGUGGAGACCACCGACGGUGGUCUUGUCAAGGACAUCACCGUGAUGAAGAAGGCCGAGAAGCGCCGCCUGAAGCUCGUCUGGCGCAACAUCAUCGCCUUCGGUUACCUCCAUCUGGCUGCCCUCUACGGAGCCUACCUUAUGGUCGCCUCUGCCAAGUGGCAGACCUGCAUCUUAGCUUAUUUCCUAUACGUCGUUUCUGGCCUGGGCAUUACCGCCGGUGCCCAUCGUCUGUGGGCGCAUCGCUCCUACAAGGCCAAGUGGCCCCUGCGAGUGAUUCUGGUCAUCUUCAACACGAUCGCCUUCCAGGAUGCCGCCUAUCAUUGGGCCCGUGACCAUCGCGUCCACCACAAAUACUCGGAGACUGAUGCCGAUCCCCACAAUGCCACGCGUGGUUUCUUCUUCUCGCACGUUGGCUGGCUGCUGUGCAAGAAGCACCCGGAGGUGAAAGCCAAGGGCAAGGGUGUCGAUCUAUCCGAUCUGCGCGCCGAUCCCAUUCUCAUGUUCCAGAAGAAAUACUACAUGAUUUUGAUGCCGAUUGCUUGCUUCAUCAUCCCGACCGUGGUGCCCAUGUACGCCUGGGGUGAAUCCUUCAUGAACGCCUGGUUUGUGGCCACCAUGUUCCGCUGGUGUUUCAUCCUGAACGUAACCUGGCUGGUGAACAGUGCUGCCCACAAGUUCGGUGGCCGUCCCUACGACAAAUUUAUCAACCCUUCGGAGAACAUCUCGGUGGCUAUCUUGGCCUUCGGAGAGGGAUGGCAUAACUACCAUCACGUCUUCCCCUGGGACUACAAGACGGCCGAGUUUGGCAAAUACUCGCUAAACUUCACUACCGCCUUCAUCGAUUUCUUCGCCAAGAUCGGCUGGGCCUACGACCUCAAGACGGUGUCCACUGAUAUCAUAAAGAAGCGUGUGAAGCGUACCGGUGACGGCACUCACGCCACGUGGGGAUGGGGCGAUGUGGACCAGCCCAAGGAGGAGAUUGAGGAUGCUGUCAUUACACACAAAAAGAGCGAAUAGGCAGGUUGAGCGUAGGGCCAAUCAUGGGAGGGUUUAGCAGAAAAUCAAUCAAAUUCAAGUAAAGCAAAGAAACAUAAUUUUCCAUUUUGCAAAUGUCCGCGGAACAUAUUUCCUAACAGAGCAGAAGCCCAUUUAAUUAAUUCUAAGAUAAAGCGUUGAUGAUAACUGUUUGUUGUAUCUCGAAAAACUUUAUACCGUCUGUGUUAAACCAGCUCCGGAAAUGUUUUUAUUUCGCUCUCUUUUUAAUGGGGAGACGCAAAACUAACUUUGUAUUUAUACACGCAUAUAAUUGCUUAAUACCUGGAUAUUUAUGUACAAUAGACGGCAAUUGGAGCUUUUCAUUCACUGUUAUCUCAAAAUCACUUUGUAAUUUGAGAGAAAUUUUCAGUUAAAAAUCAAAAAAAAAAAAAAAAAAAAAAAAAAA